CCACCAUGCACCAGCCAUAAUAGUUUUGCAUUAAACUUGUUUUUUUGCUUCCGCCGUAUCUCAGUAUCAUUUACAGACGCGUCGAAAGAGCACGCCCGGUCACCAUCUUGAAUUUGGUUUUUUUUUAAUUUUAUAGUCAGUGGCAGUGAUCGCGUACGGCUUUUGUGUUUUUAAAUUGUUUUCUAAUUGUCGAUAGAUAAUAAACUAUAAUUAUAUUUGUUAAUCAAGUGUUUAUAAUUAAAUUUAAUAGUGGAUUAUCAUUUUAAUUUGUAGUUGUUUUGAUUUGAGCGUAUUUUAAUGUAUGGAAGAUAUAUAUAAAAUGACAAUAUGGCUCGGAGCACAACAUUUGCCGCAGUUUUGUACAUCGUUCUGAGCACAGGAGCCCAUGCACAAUUAUAUGAUUUCUUAGAAGCAUUACAACCUAUCGUAAAAUCGUAUCCAGCAUUCGGUGAUUUCCCAACAUAUGACAGUAUAUUUACGACGAAAAAACCCAAAACAUUCAACAGACAUCCAACAAAUCAAAGGACAGAAGAGAAGAAAGAAAGAAGAAAAACACCAGCUGCUAUCUCGACACUUGAAAGUUAUUUAAGGGAUGAUGCUAGAAAGAAGGCAAAACCUAUAGAACAAGAUAUAUACUCAACAACUUCCAAGCCUAUAAAUAAAAAUGCCAGUCAUAGAAAUGAUAAUCAACCUAACAAAUCGACAAACGUUAGAAAUUCUUCAAGAAAUACAGCAAGAGAAAUACAGAGCAGUUCUAAAGAGAAUUCUAGAAGUACAUCUAGAAAUAAUUACGAUGCUAUAUUAAUAUUAGAUAAUGUUAGCAACGAAAAAAGAAAACAUAGCGAAGACAGAAUAUCUUUCGUAACAAGAACAACGAAAAGAUAUGAAACUAGUACAACAAAACCAAGCUAUAGUCAAUCUGUUGAAAAUUAUGAAAGACAAAAUAACAACAAUUACAACAAUCAGUCCAACAAUAACAAAAAUCAACAUAACAACAGUAACAAUCAUUAUUCCAAUGAAAAUAUUCAAUUCCCUAACAAUGAACCCUUAAAUAAUUACAAUAGGCAAACAACUAACAAUAACAAUAGACAAUCCAACAAUAACCAACCUUCCAACAGUCAAUAUACUCAAUCAAACGAAUUUUAUUUUCAAACCACAAAUAACAACAGAGGAUCGAAUAACAACGGACAAUCUAACAAUUACAACAAUCAAGGAAAUAACAACAAUAGACCAAACAAUUACAAUAACCAACCUUCCAGAAACCAAAAUACUCAAUCAGGCGAAUACAAUUCUCAAUCAAACAACAAAGUAUCCAAAAAUAAUUACGUGGUCACAACACAGAAUCCUUUCUACAAUAGACCAGGAGUAAAACCAGCAGUUGUUGAUGAUAAAAGACCACCAAUUACCAAUAGACCACCAUCUAGACGGACUACAACAUUAAGACCAGUACAUAUACUACCAAAAGACACAAGAAUCCCACCAGAAAUGAUAACUGUACCUGGAGAAGAUACGAUGAGUGAAGUGGAGAGAUUACGUCAUAUCGAUGUGUCUGAAAGAAUGUGCAGUAAAUACAAGAAGUUACAAACGAAACAGCUCCAAGCAAUACCAUUGGUACCAUCUCCGGAACCACUUGAGAUAAAUGUGACUUCCUGCGCUCCGUCAAAGAUACCCCUCAUUGUUGGGGGUAAAGUGGUAUCUAUUAAAGAUUUUCCACACAUGGCGCUGAUUGGUUGGGUGAAGUUGAAUUACGACGGAUAUGCGUGGCGCUGUGGUGGUUCUCUGAUCAGCGAUCGCUUCGUACUAACCGCCGCGCACUGCGCUUACGAAGAGAGAGACAACAGUAUUGUCAUGGGCCCACCGAGAGUAGUACAAUUGGGUUCAUCUUAUUUGGAUGACCCCAAUGCAGUUGUUAUGAAGAUAUCUACGGUUAUACGUCAUCCAAGAUACAAGCUGCCCAAAGCUUACUACGAUAUUGCCUUAGUCAAGAUGUCCGACGCUGUCACUUUCUCGGAGUUUAUCCGGCCUGCCUGUCUCGGUGUGCCACCUACACCGAAUGAAUCGUUCAUCGCUACAGGAUGGGGCCGGACGGAGUUUGGUGGUGACCAGUCCAGGGAACUUCGCAGUGUAUCUCUAGAUGUAUGGGAGCCGGAGGAAUGUCGACGAGCGCUCGGCAAGUCCCGCAAACUGCCCAAUGGACCUUCUAGUGACAGUCAAAUCUGUGCCGGCGUUAGGGAAGGCGGGAAAGAUACAUGUCAGGGUGAUUCCGGUGGUCCGGCACAGAUCCAAGAUGGCUGCAUAUGGCGAGUGGUAGCUGUCACUUCAGUGGGCCGCUCCUGUGGCGCCCCCAACACUCCGGCUUUGUACGCGAUCGCACACCGAGCGUUUAUAUCAUCUGUGGUUUACAGCGAACAAUCGUUCAGUUCGGAAUUUGAACAGAUAGAUUUAAACGAACAGGGAUAUAACCCGUCCAGAUCUACGGAAUCUUUUAAUUAUCAAACUAACAAUUGGAAAUCACAACAACGUAACGAAAAUGUACGUUAUCAUGAAAACACAAGAAAUACGGGAAAUAAUCAAAAUAAUUAUAAUUAUAACCAACAAAGUAAUGAUUAUACUAAUAAUUAUGAAGCGUAUAAUCAACCUUAUUACAACGACGCUCCAACUUGGUUUUAGAUAUUCAACAUUUUACACAAUAUUAUAAUAAUCCUCUACUAUCGUAACAACUGUUAAAAUUUUAUCUAUGACAAGGGAGCGAACGAGUUUCAUCCUAAGAGAUCACUGAUGCCCAUAGACAACUUUUGAAAAAGACGCUAGCUUCAUAAAGAAUCAUAAGUCAAACUGUGGACCUUGCACAUAUAUUUGUGACAAUCGUCAUCGACAAAAUUUAAAUAUUAAAAUUUGUGCAGUAUCAAGUGUAAACUACAACAGAAAUGUUAUACUAAUUUUGACAUAAUUGACUAUGAUAAUACGAAGGUGAAUGUCACAAUUAUUCGUGCUAGCUACACUGGUUUAGUAAUACCAUCCUCGCAUCAUACUUCAACGCGGCAGCACGAGGCAGAAAGUUUCGCGUUUCACCGUUAAAUAAUGUGAAAAAUUAUUGUCAUCCCUUUAUUUCUCUUGGGAAAAAUCAAGAUCCAAUAUUCACACACAGUUGUUUCGGCAAAGGAAAACUACAGUUAGAGUGACAUUUUCAGAAAAAUAACCAAACCCUUUAAUAAAUCUAACCUGCUGUAUAAAUAGAACUGAAAAAGACUGUUAUUUGAAUUUAUAACAAUAAUCACAUGUUGAUAUUAACCAAUAAAUUCAUAAUAAUGUAAUAUUCAUAUGUUCUUGUCUGGUUUUAGAUUUCCACCUUAAGCAUGUA